AUUUGACCACGAUGAGCAGUGCAACCUGGCGAAACUUUUUCACGUACAAUAAGUACGCCCAAAUCACUGCACGAGCCGUUCGCCAGUCAUUGAAAGAGACGGAGCGUGUCGCUGCUGAGAAGAGAGGCGUCACCGCCCUACGAUACCAGAAGUGGGAGAACGGUGUGGGUGGUACACAGGUAUACCUGAACCCUGACGCGGAUAAGGGUCUUGGCAAGCCGGCAGUCUAAACCCAUCUUUCGUAGCUUCGAUAUUCAUUCUGAUAUUGUCCCUCAAAUGUGGAAAUAGAGUUGCCUGAGUCGUCGAUGGAACCACUUGCGUUUGAGGUCGGUGAGGUACAAACUGCGUUCAAAUCUGCGCGACCCUUGUACACUA